UUAUAUAUUAUAUUUUAUUUUCUAAUGUUUAAUAUAUUAUUUAAUGUAACUUAUUUAUAAAUAUUAUAUAAUAGAAGCGAAUAAAUGUUAAACUAUUACAAGAUAUGUAUUACUUUUUUUACAUAAAUUACUUAAAUAUUCAAAAAAAUUCAAAGAGUUCUUAGAACACGUGUAAUCUUCUAUUCGUGGUGCCAUCUCGAAUUUGACAGCUAUAAGUCAUAUAAUGUACUAUGUUCGCCUAUUAUAGCAUGUGAUACUUUUAGUUUUGUUUGUUGUGUAUAGAAUUUGUAUAAAACUUUUAUUAAACUAGAUUUUAUUUUUCUUUUAAUUUUUGUUUAAAAUGAAAUAAUAAAUAAUUAUAAAUUUAUUUCUAAUAAAAUUCUUUAUUAGAAUUCAAAGUUACAUAAUAUAUAUAUAUAUAUAUAUGUCAAUACAAUAUAGUAAUGCAUCAAUACAUGCAUAACAAUAUGUACAUAAAAGCGCGCGUGAUGGAUUGGAUAUAUUGAAAUAAAAUAUUUUUUAUUAUAUUAUCAUUGAUUUAUCUUUUUUGCUCAAAAUAUUAUUUAAUCGAUUUAUAUAUUACACAUUUAUCGAAUUCGAAUACAUUUAAAAUAUGCCAAGAGAUAUACGAUCUUAUUUUCAAACAAGUAAAAUAAAUUCUAGCGUCGUUUCAACAAAAGCGGUUAAAAGACGUAUUAUUUCAUCCGAUGAGGAUGAUGAAAAACCAAAACCUUCAUUUAAACAGUCUAAGAAAACAAAAAUAUUAGGGAAGAAAGUUAUUGCAUCUGAUUCUGAAGAAGAUGUUAAAAUUGUUUCUCCUGCUGAUAUAUUUGGUAAAAAUCCAAUAAAGAGACAAGAAGCACCCAAGAUAUCUAAACAAUUACAAAAGAAGGAAGCUAAAAGUCAUCAUGAUGAUGAUUUUGAAAGAACAUUAUGUCAAUUAGAUACCUCUGAUAUUGAACAAAAAUAUUUAACAGAAACUAAAGUUAACAAAGGUUCUCAUGAAAAUAAUGAUGAAAAUAAAGAAAAGAUUCCUGUUAUAGCCAUAGAUUCUCAUGAAAAUAAUGAUGAAAAUAAAGAAAAGAUUCCUGUUAUAGCCAUAGAUUCUCAUGAAAAUAAUGAUGAAAAUAAAGAAAAAAUUUCUGUUAAGAGUAAAGAAAAUGUUAAAAAGAAAAAAACAUUUGAUAAAACAAAUCAAGAAAAAAGUAAUGAAAAAAUAUAUAAAUUAAAAUCAAAAAAAUAUUCUAAUAGUUCAAGUGAAGACAUUGAGCAUGAAAAGUCUGAACAUAAUAACAAAAUUCAACAUAAAAAAACAUCUUCUAAAAAAAUGGACACUUCUGACAUAUAUGAGGAAAUAAUUGCAAAGAAAAAACAAAGUGUUACAAUGUAUCAGCAAUAUCUUCAAAGAGGAGGAGCUAGAAACCCAGGCUCAAAGAAAAUUCCUGUUGGUGCUGAAUAUUGUUUAGCAGGAUUAAGUUUUGUAAUAACUGGAGUUUUGGAUUCUUUAGAAAGAGAGGAAGCUGAAGAACUUGUCAAACAAUAUGGUGGACGAAUUUUACAUCAAGUUACAAAAAAAACUGAUUAUAUCAUAGUAGGUGAUCAAGCUGGUCCUUCAAAAUUAUCAAAGGCUGAUAGUUUAAAUAUAAAAAAAAUAUCAGAAGAUGAUUUAUUAGAUCUGAUACGUACACGCCCUAUAGGUUGCAUUAAUGAUGUACAUCAAUCUCGUACAAAAAUAAAAGACAAAUUAAAGCAAAAAUCUGAAGAAUUAGAAGAAGAAUCACCAUCAAAGAAAAUAAAAAUUAUUGCGAAUGAAGAAACAAAAAAUUUAACCAAAAUACACAAAGAAAUAAGUAAGAAAGAAAUAGAAACAUCAUUGAAAAUGUCACCACAAAAAAAAGAAUAUGAUACUAAAGAUAUAAAAAUAAAAUCUCCAAUUAAAAAGAAAUAUACUGAACUCAAAGAAUCACUCAUAGAAGACAAGAAGGAAAUUGAUGAUGCAAAAAAUAAAAAAACAAAUAUUUUACAAGAUAUAAAUAGUAAAAUAUCAACACAGGCAUUGGUUGAAAAAUAUAGACCAAAAACUAUGAAACAGAUUUUGGGACAACAAGGAGAUAAAAGUAUUGCUAAGAAAUUGUAUGCAUGGUUAAUAAAUUGGCAUAAAAAUCAAUCUGGUCAAGUAAAACAUAUAAAACCUAAUCCAUGGACAAAGAAUAGUGAUGGAGCUUUCUUUAAAGCAGCUUUAUUAUCUGGUCCUCCUGGAAUUGGAAAAACGACAACUGUUCAAGUUAUUUGCAAUGAAUUAGGUUUUGAUCUUAUAGAAUUUAAUGCAUCAGAUACUAGAAGUAAAAAACUUCUAGAAGAAGAAGUAUCAGAAUUAUUAUCUAAUACUACAUUAAAAAAUUAUUUUCAAGAUAAUAAAAGUAAACCAUCAUCAAAACAUGUUUUAUUAAUGGACGAAGUAGAUGGAAUGGCUGGUAAUGAAGAUCGUGGUGGUCUACAAGAAUUAAUUAAAUUGAUCAAAUCAACUGAUAUACCUAUUGUUUGUAUUUGUAAUGAUCGAAAUCAUUCUAAAAUGAGAACACUUGCUAAUUAUACAUUUGAUCUUCGAUUUUCAAAACCUAGAUUGGAACAAAUUAGGGCUGCAAUGAAAUCUAUAUGUUUCAAAGAAAACAUUAAUAUCACAAAUGAAGAUCUUGAUCUAUUAAUUGAAUCAACUAAUCAGGAUAUUCGGCAAAUUAUAAAUCAUUUAGCAUUAUUUGUUGGACAAAUUGGUUCUCAAGAGAAAUCUGGAAAAAAACAUAUAAAUAAGGAUCUGAAAUUGGGUUCUUGGGAUGUUGUAAAACAAGUAUUUUCUGCAGAGGAACAAAAACAUAUGAAUUUCAAUGAGAAAUGUGAUCUAUUUUUCCAUGAUUAUAAUAUAGCACCAUUAUUUGUACAAGAAAAUUAUUUACUGGUUAUACCUGAAGCACCAAAAAAUAAAUUAUUAGAAAAAAUAGCUGAAAGUGCCGAGAGUUUAGCAUUGGGAGAUACAGUUGAAAACUGUAUAAGAAGUAAUAAUGCCUGGUCUCUUUUAUCAAUACAAGCUUGUUAUUCUUCUGUUAUACCUGGGGCAGCAAUGUCUGGCCACAUUGGUGGUCAGAUUAAUUUUCCAGCUUGGCUUGGACGUAAUUCAAAAGCCACUAAAUUUAAUCGUUUAAUGCAAGAAAUCACUUUACAUGCUCGUUUGACUACUAAUGCAAGUAAAGAGGCUAUAAAUCUGGAUUACAUUAAAUAUCUCAGAAAUACCAUUAUUAGACCUUUAACAGUAGAUGGUAUUGAAAAUAUAGCUGCUGCAAUAGAUGUUAUGAAUCAUUAUCAUUUACUCAGAGAAGAUUUAGAUUCUUUAGUGGAAAUUUCUUUGUGGCCUGGUCAGCAAGAUCCAAUGCAAGUUAUAGAUAGUAAAGUAAAAGCUGCCUUUACAAGAGCGUAUAAUAAGAAUUCUGUAGUUCUUCCAUAUGUAGUGAAUAGUACAUCAAAAAAGAAAACAGCAACAAAUGUACAAGAAGAAGGUUUAGAAGAGGAAGAAGAAGAAGUAGAUUCUGAUCAAAAUGAUAAUAUGGAUACAGAUAAAAUGAUCAAGACAAAAAAACCUGGUACAAGUAAAAAUACGGAAUCGAAAAGUGAAAAGAAGGGCAAAAAGAAUAGUGAUAACAUUUCUAAACGCGGAAGAGGACGAGGAAAAGCAAAAUAAUGCAAAUAUUGUAAAAGGAAUGUGAUUUUUAUUUGAAGAAUUUAUCAUUUUGUAAUGUAUUUAUUUAUUACUAGAUUUGCAAUACUUAUAUAUUUUUCCAUUUAUUGUGAAAAUUUUUUUGUUGUAAAGAAUGAUGUCGUAAAUCAUUCGUUAAUACAUCUAUUGCGUAAAGAUGGACAAAUAUUUUUUUUUAAAAUAAUAAUUCAAAAAAAUU